AUGUCUGGGAAUGAUAUAGCUACACAUACUGAUAUAGAUGCUUCAUCUCUAGAAGUGGAAAAUCAAGGAAGGAUUGAAGUACUAGAGUUAAAAUAUCAAAAUUUAUUCCAGAAACUUAAUCAAAAGUUGAAUACUAUUGUUUACUUAAAAAAAAUUGCAGAUUUAAAGGCAAAACCUGCCACAGUAAUAGAUCAGGAAUUUGAAGAAAUAAUCAAGGUAAUUCAAGUGCCUUGGAAACAAGAACAAAGCUUUCCCAAUUCAGAUGAAGUUAAUUCUCUUUUAAAAUUGAGAUCGUUUAUUAAAAAUCAAAUUCAAAUAGUAAAGACAAAUUCCUUAAAUUUAAAUUACCUCCAGAUAAUACUACCAACGUUGAAAGCUAUACAUCAUAUUAGUUCUGAUGCAUCAUCAUCGGAAAUUCAAAUAGGACAGAAUUUGUCUACGCUCUAUUCGAAACAAGACAGUGAUAUAAGUAUUCACCACAUUCUAAACAGUUAUACUGAAAUUAUAGCAAAUAAUUCAAAUUCUUCAAAGAUUUAUCCACAAAUUUUAAAGCUUAUACAAAAUGAAUUGAAUCAAAACCUGACUGAAUUAAAGAAUCUUGUUCAAACUAUAAAUUUUAAGGAAAAUGAGCUAAAAAAUCUUUCGAGUAAAAUAACUUCAGACAGAUCAUUACUACUGGAAGAUCAAGAACUAUUAAUAAAAUCACAAUUCUUGGAAAUACAAAAACUAUGGUUCCGAAUCUCUAUAUAUUCAGAACUUCUUCCCAUACUUGUUAUGAGUAGUACAGAGAAUAAUUGGGCUGAGGAUUCAAAGUUGCAAGAUAUGGUUGUGCAAAGUGGUGAAAUCGAAUGGAAAAUGAAGGAUUAUCAAAAAUUCAUUGAAUUAGGAAUUGAUGACGACGUUCAACUAUCAGAUUUAAUUGCAAUUUUAUCAUAA